AUGUUUGUGUGGUCGAUCCUGCUGACCUUGCUUCUAGCAGGUACCAGCCAUGGCAAAGCUGUAUUUGCUCAUUUCAUGGUCGGUAAUACUGGAAACUAUACAGAAAAAGAUUUUCAGGAUGAUAUUGCCAAGGCUAAAGAAGCUCACAUUGAUGCCUUUGCCCUGAAUAUGGCAAAUGCCGACCCUCUUAAUGAUGCGGUGGUAUCAAUAUUCUUCAUGGAAGCUGAGAAGCUUGGGUUCCAGUUAUUCUUUUCCUUUGAUUAUGCAGGUAAUGGGCCCUGGCCUAUGGGCGACGUGAUUAAUCUGAUCAACAACUAUGGCGGGAAGGCCUCCUACUACCACUACGAGGGCAAGCCCCUGGUGUCGACCUUUGAAGGCCCUGAAAAUUCAGAUGAUUGGUUCAUCAUCAAGCAGUCUACAGGAUGUUUCUUUGUACCAGACUGGUCCUCCUUGGGAGCCAAGCCAGCAGUGGAGCUGGGCACGGCAGACGGUCUUUUUAACUGGGCUGCGUGGCCAUGGGGAGGUCAAGAGAUGAACACUUACGUCGACGCUUCGUACACAGAAUAUCUUGAUGGCCUUCCUUACAUGAUGCCGGCUUCCCCAUGGUUCUAUACAAACCUUCCUGGAUACAAGAAGAAUUGGCUGUGGCGAGGAGACAACUUGUGGUAUGACCGGUGGCAGGAAAUCUGGUAUCUCAAGCCACCGUUUGUUCAAAUUAUUUCCUGGAACGACUAUGGCGAGUCUCACUAUAUUGGACCACUGCGGGACUAUGCCAUGGACGCCUUUCACAUUGGCCGAGCUCCCUACAAUUAUGUCACGGACAUGCCCCAUGAUGGCUGGCGGCUCUUUCUUCCUUUUUUGAUCGACACCUAUAAGUAUGGGAAAGCAACAAUUGAUAAGGAGGGUUUGACUGUUUGGCAUCGACCGCAGCCUGCGUCCGCAUGUAGCUCAGGAGGGACCUCUGGUAAUACUGCGAGUCAACUCCAAAUUGAGUUUCAUCCAAUCGAGAUCGUCCAGGACCACAUCUUCUUCUCUGCUCUCCUCAGCGCUCCAGCAACCAUCACGGUCAGUAUUGGUGGAGUGUCUCAGCAAGCCAGCUGGACUUGGCAACCAGACGGAGGUGUCGGGAUCUACCAUGGUAGUGUCCCUUUCGGGUCUAGCCUGGGGGAUGUCGUCGUCACUCUAUCGCGCUCUGGAAAGCAGAUAGCCCAGGUCCGCGGCAGCUCCAUAUCCACGAAUUGUAUCAAGGGAUUGACAAAUUGGAAUGCCUGGGUCGGCAGCGCCAGUGCGAGUGAAAGCGUCAAUGCGAAGCCGGAAGCGAAUCUUUUCAAUCAGAAAUGCAUUAAUGGCACCGGGGCCAAUAACUUUGCUGGUCUAUGUGAGUUUGGUUGCAAAUAUGGCUACUGUCCUCUCGGUGCCUGUUACUGCCAACUCCAAGGGGAGCCACGGGAAACACCUAAUGCGACCGGUCCCAUGGGCUAUCCUCGGGCGGGACUCGAUGCCAGCUAUAGCGGUCUCUGUGCGUUUGACUGUCCUCAUGGAUUCUGCCCAGAUACUGCAUGCAGCACCGUCUCUGCACCGCUGUCUACUCCCACUGUUUCACCCUUCCUGCCUCCGGCAUGUAUUGGCGGUACAGGGGAAGGCAAUCUCGCCGGUCUUUGCGACUUCGCCUGCAACUUGGGAUUCUGUCCUAUCAAUGCGUGUACAUGUACCGCCCAAGGUGCUCUUCACACGCUUCCUGAAGCAACAGAUAAGGUUGGUGAAGCGGGUCCAGGGAUGGACGAAACUGUCUAUGGACCCCUUUGCGCGUUCACCUGCAAAUAUGGAUACUGUCCUGAAGGUGCAUGUGCCGUGUCUACCUCUGGAGGAGGCGAUGGCAAGGGCUCCGGUGAGGUCUAUGUAGAUCCAGACAUCUUUCUGGAACCUUCCCCUGUCGUCGGAUGUAUUCCGCCUUGCACGCUGAUAAUGCCAGACCUGCUCCUGAAUGCCCCAACGACGAUCUAUUUAUCUCCAGUGGCUACGUCCAUUGUCUUGGGACCGACCACUAUCAAGACCGUUUACCCCAGCCCCAUUACCACCACGGCUGUGAACUAUUUCAAUAUGCCUGUCGGUGCCAGCCAGACGAGACCCUUCUCCUUCUACCUGACACCCAGCCAUUCUCCCGACCCGGUUACAUUGGAGGCCGGCGGUACUUCCACCACACUCAUCCUGCCUCCAGUCUCUGUCCAGUCGAUCCCAGCGGGCGCUACAAUUACGUGGGUAGAGACGUCUCUUGGAACAACUGAAUACUACACCAAUGGGGAGACGUACACCUAUUCUGAGGCACAGUUCCCGUCUCUCUCCGAUCUCGCGACUUCUACAGUCACGACCACGACGCUCCCUGCUCGGACCUCAGCGGCCACCUCUGCGACCUCAACGACAGUUGUUCCAGUAUGGGUCCAGGCUGGGGGCUUCUAUUGGUCUCCAGUACCCAAGCCUACCCCGAAGCCGGGUGAUAUGCCCGUGCCCCCACUGCCCUCAUUUCCUCCAAUCCCAACUGCACCAUGCUUCAAACUCUUCAAUCUGUUCUCGAUUGACUGUCCCCCGAAUCGAUUCAUUCCAACAACCACUUUCAGUAGCCAUGCCCCGUUCCCCACCUGUACCGACACCAAUAGCCCUGGGUGCGGUCAUCCAUGUACCUCGAACUGCGGGAGCAGUUCCAGCGAUGAAUGUACCACGCAUACAGCCACCAAUUACUGGGUUACUUGCUCUGGCACCAGCUGCUCCACCACAAAGACGGCCACUUUUACCGGGUGCUCAGUAACCAACUCGGCCACGACAACGGGCAAGUAUUGCCCGACAGGUGUCACGAUCGACCCCAACGACGACCAGGGGGCGAAUGGAUAUCCCCCCCGAACGACCUCCACCAUCACCACCAGUAUCCCGGAGAUCGCCGUCGUCGGGGGCGAACCGUAUACAGUAACGGGAGGAACCAUUAACGUUGACGGCACGACUAUCCGGGUGCCGAACGUGGGCGGCCGCGAGCAGGUCAGCACGACAAUAGGCAAUGUGCCCAUGGUUAUCAUCCCAAGCUAUUCGGGGACGAUAGCCGUGCCGCUGUUCCCAACGGCCAUCCCAACAGUCUCUGCCACAACAACGACUACAAACAACGAGCCCUCCACCUCUUCCGAAACAACGACCACGACCAAGACCUCGACGACAUCCUCCCUACCGUCCGCGACGGCCGCCAGCGGCUGCAGCAGCACCGGCAACGGCUCCUGGAGGGUUGUGCGCCGCUGCUGGAACAAAUGCGACCCAGGCACGGGCUCGCCCGUUGGCGGCGACUGGGCGGAGAACGACCCCUGGUGCUGGAUAGCUAAAAGCGGCAGCGAUUCGUAUUCCAAUUGUUUGAAGCAAUCCGACUGUCCAACCGACUUUGAGUGCGCGAAAUCAUGGGGCUGCGUUGUUCCACUGUCCGGUGGGUGUGCGCCUCAGGGCGGCAACACCGGGUUAGAAGCCAAAAUCUGCUGGAGCAGCUGCAAUGAGAAAACCGGGAAGCGGACGAAUGAUAAGUGGGAAGAGGGCAUGCCGUGGUGCUGGCUGCAGGAUUACAGUUUUGCCAGCUGCGAUAAGGACGACGACUGCAGUGCCACCACGGAAUGUGCCCCUGAUCAUUGGUACCGCGGCGGAUGCGGUAAGACCUAG